AUGUGGCUGGCUGUGGCAGCGAUAUGCUUAAUCCAACAGGCAACACACUCAGAACAAUUUGGAACACAUUUGAAUCCUGUCACAUUCAUGACAAUUCCUGAAAUCAUUCAGUCCUGGGGGUAUCCCAGUGAACAAUAUGAUGUGCAGACUGAUGACGGCUAUUUCCUACAACUAAACAGAAUUCCAUAUGGAUUACACAAUCCUGAAAAGAAAGGACAUAACCCAGCUGUUCUAUUGGUAUCUGGUUUGAUUACUGACAGUAAAUGCUGGAUUAUGAAUACUCCCAACAAUAGUGUAGGAUUUGCCCUAGCAGAUGCUGGCUAUGAUGUUUGGAUGAUAAAUUGCAGAGGGACCACCUGGUCUAGAAGACACCAGAACUUGACAACUGAACAGGAAGAAUUUUGGGAUUUCAGUUUUCAUGAAAUGGGGAUUUAUGACAUUCCAGCAGCAAUUAAAUUUAUCUUGAGGAAAACUAAACAAGAGGCAUUAUAUUAUAUUGGCCAUUCCCAGGGUGGCACAUUGGGUAUGAUUACCUUUUCAGUUUUGCCAGAGCUUGCUCCAAAGGUCAAGCUCGUCAUGCUCUUUGCUCCUUCCUACACAAUGGUGGGUACUAGUGGCCCUAGUAGAUUAUUUCUAUCGCUUCCUGAUGGAUUCAUAAGGUUUAUGUGGGGCAAGAAAGAGUUUUGCCUUUUUCCUCAGAAGAUGAAACCUGUGAAUGCCAAGUUCUGCAGCACUACAAUAAUCGACAAAAUUUGUGUUCAAUUCAUUUCCAUAGGUUUUGGAAGUAAUGAGAAGAAUAUAAAUGUGAGUCGAAUGGAUGUCUAUGCUGGAAUAUUCCCUGAUUCUACUUCAGUAAAAACCAUGGUUCAUUGGGCCCAGGUGACUAAAUCAAGAGAAUUUAAAUAUUUUGACUAUGACUCUAAGAACGAAGCUGUAUAUAAUAUGCCCACUCCCCCAUUUUAUAAAGUAGAAGAUAUGACUGUGCCAACAGCUGUGUGGACUGCCGGAAAAGAUAUUCUUACAGACAUAAAAGAUACUGAACUGCUGCUCCCUCGACUCACUCACUUAACUUUCUACAAGCAUAUUCCUGAUUGGCAACAUGCAGACUUUGUUUUGGGCCUUGAUUCUCCAGAGACCCUAUACCCAGAUAUAUUUUGGUUGAUGGAUCAAUAUAAAUAA